AUGACAGGCGCUCUGCAUGGGGGUGGAGGGCCCGUCGCAGUGCAAGCGAUUUCAGCCCACAUGAAUCCAGCAGUGAAAUGGGGAAAAGUCUGUAGAAAGCGGCCUCACCUCAAGUUCACUUUUCACGAACGGCUUGGAGAGCCUGUGGUUGACGUCAACUACGCCACUGUCAUGGAAUCUCUCACCUCCUCCGGCUUCACAUGGCAACAGCAGAACGGCCAAAGGCUGCAGUUUGAUUUAAAGCUUAUAGAGGAAUGCAACUGGAUGAAAGCUAUGGCAUGGGAGCAGAAGCAUCCUCUGAAUUGUGAAGAAGGCCCUUUGUGGCGGUUGCGUAUGAUGCCUUCCGAAGAGGAUGUGUCUGUUGCUGAUGAAAGCAGCCAGCUGUUCCCUGGUGUCGCGCAAGUGUGCAGGACCGAGGGAACCCCCACAUUUCCGGUUGAUUUCCCCAGCCGACUUCAAGACAAGAAAAGCUCCGUUCCCAGCAGCAACACCAGCAGCAAGGGAAAGCGCUUCCGAACUCACAUAAUUGGAGUGUUCCAUCACUCGGCUAUCGAUGGAAUAAGCAGGAAAGAAUUUUGGGAUGAGCUCUUGAGAGCUGUCAUUGCUCUCAGUAAUGCAAAGGUCUACGCCGAGUAUGCUUCACGGGUCAAGGCACUUACAGCAGCGACUGCAGUUGCGUCUCAACCCUUACCAAAUUAUCGUCAGCAGAAACUCAACCUGGAACCACAACGGCCAGCACUCACGCCAGCUGCCUCGGCUUCCAGCGUAGCUACGCAGACACCUCUGGCUAGCCCAAGUUAUCGCUGGCGGAGAGGCAGCAGCAACAGCAGCACAUCUACAACAUCCCCUGGCACACUCUAUUUUCGCCGCAGCAGCGCAGGAAACACCAGCUAUAGAGCACUGGCCUUGAGCGAAACGGAUUCCUAUGGACCUUAUGAUUCGCCAUCGGCAAACACGUGGUGUUAUAUCCGGCGGCUGUCUGCAGGUUCUGCCGGAUCCGGAACCAGCUCGACAGUUUACACGGCAAACGAGACGCCGGAAAGUGCACAAAUCCAAAUGAAAAGUCUUCCGUGCCCUCCCACGACAGUUCUUCCGCCUGCGUUGAAUGAGCUGUUCCCAGUUACACCAUGUGUCUCCGUGCUCAGGCCGUUGAUGUGCCCGGGUCACAAUCUCCAUAUAAAGCUGUAUCUCCUGGAGAGGGAAUUGUUGAAGGCUCUGAGAAAUCCAUUCGCAUGCUACUACCCGCCAAAGCGCUUCAAAGCAUGCGGAUCCGAGUAUCAAGCUUACAAAGAGGCGAGCAAAGCAAUUUGUUCCGCCAACGUUUCUCCUGACCAUGGAGUGUACACAAAUCCAGUCGAAUGCCCUCCGCAAGACAAGCAGAAGCAAAUAUUUACAGGUGCUAGACCUAUUCUAGAUAAAGGCAAGCCACAAGAGGAACCAGCCUUUACCGGCUUGGUGACGCUCCGACUGUCGGAGGCUCUUACGGCAGGGCUGAUUGCAGCGUGUAGGGUAAAAAAGAUGACGAUGAAUGGGCUCGUUACAACUGCGGCGGCCGUCGCUCUUUCUCGCAUGCUCUGGCGGAGAAACCAAGUAAUGCAGCAGCACAGCGUCCUUGCUGAUCUCUCCCGUGUUGUUGCUGCUCCCACUUCUGAGCACCAUUGCUGGCCUCUUCGGCACCAUUCGCUAUGGUCCUGUGUCCACCAGCAGCAAAUGGAGCACACUCUAAAGGCAGAGGGCGGGGAGACACCACAUGAAGUGUCUAAUUUUCGCAGUAACGAACAGGUCAACCUGGACACGACCUUGAAUUCUACUUGCGCCAGCUCCGAGCAGGGCUCAGCAAAGGCAGCAAUUUCUGGUAGCACACAUUCUCCAAACAGCUGUGAAACCUGCUCAAGUUUCCCCAGCAAGGUAUCUGAGACCAGUCCUCACUAUUCUUCGGAUCCUUUCGGGCACCAGAGUGCUUUCCCGCUUGUCAACGAAGAGAUUCAUCGCUGCGCUUCACUUGUGGAGCCUCUGAAAAUAAUGCAAGAUGGACCUACGGACAAGGCUAACGAAGGGACGAACGACCGCAUACAGCGGGAUGCUGCGUGCAAGAAGAAAGGUGCGGGGAACUUCCGUUGUGGGUGGUCACUUUCUCACAUUGCGGAAAUGCUGCAGCAGCUGACGCUACGUUCUCCUGUAUCUGGAGAGGGUGUCCCCGGCAUGCCCAGCAGACAAUUUGCACGGCACAAAGGCCCCGUGUACAUAUAUACGCUGCAGGCUAUUAGCGGCAGACGGUGGUUAGACAAGCGGAUACAGGAGAAGCUGCAGAAGUCGACGGUACCAACGAUUGGCCGAAAAAUGAUUCCCAGUGAUGGGAAUCAAUUUGACGAAUUUUUAUUGCAGUAUUUUGUGGUCAGCAUGAGAAGUCACAAGUGCUCGCGGACUCUUGCUGCAAUGGUAGCGGCUUCAGUUGCCCUUAGUGCUUCUGGAAGGUCCCCUUCUCCUAUAUUUCAUAAGCCACCGGCUAUAUACUCAUCCGCGUGCCUGCGGAGGAAUCGAAAUGGAACCAGUUGCAGCAGAAGCAGCAGUGGCAGCAGGAGUGCGCGUUCCUCACAAUGUCUCCAGCAGUGCCCAUACGAACUCGAUGGUGAUUGUCACAAUGAAAGCAAUGCAAUAUCCAGCAGACAUGAACGGCAGCAACGUCUUAACUCUGGAGCUGAUGCAAAACCUGCCGAGUCCAUGCACAUACGUAAGAAGUAUAGGAUUCCAGGAGAACCAGAAGAAUCUCCAGUAGACUUCAACAACGACAAAGAUCUCUGCCUUAAUGACACCAAGGGCUUUGUAGAAACAACAGGACAAAGUUCCCUAUCAACAUCCAGCAGUUUGCAUUGCACGUUUACUAGCACUCUGAGUGCAGAAUCUCUAGAGGACCGUGCAGAGAAGGCAUCCGUAGAUGGCUCAAGAACCAGUGCGAGCAGCACGAGCUGUUCCAGGCGGUUGCAUUCCCACACGCGUACUGUCAGCAGUCGCAUCUCGCGUGGGUUGCGGAUGAUAACACAGUGGCUUUGGGGAACUCGUAAAUCCAGCAGCAACAGUGAGAAUGGCGAAAAACAGCAGCAAGGUAUGGAGCAGCUCCCUCCCUUUGGACUCGGCUCCUAUGCGUUGUUGAUGCCGCUAAAGCUCCGAGUUCCUACGGAAUGCAACAACGAGCCUGACGCAAUAUGGGCUCUUGGCAAAGCAUGCACGGAGACUGUGCAUCGAUUCGUGUCCUUACCUAACCCGUCAUUAGCUACCUUCGAUUUUCAGCUCAUUUCCUCUUUUGCCGAAGAGAUACAGGGCCAGCUGAAGUGCUUACACCCCGUCAGGGACGAUUCUUUCGCGAGGCCUUCGGCAUUUCUCAUCUCAAAUGGAGGAGUUUGGGCUGCUAGUUCCCUCAGCACCUUUGCAGAAAAAAUCCAUGAACAACUUCGAGCUGUGCCGGAAAGGCACCGAAGCCUGCUGCAGCGCGUGCUGCAGCACCAGACGUUUUUGCAGCAAAGAGCCUCCAAGAAACCGACUUUGCCACCCCUGCCUUCGCAGCACCCAGGCGGACCAGGAGCAGCAGAUGCAGGUCUUAGGUCUAAAUGCCAGUGUGGAGGCAAAAACCCAGUCCGUAACAACAAGUGUUCUGUUAGAAGCAGUGGGCAACAGGCAACAUCACCAGUUCUCGCUGCAGCAGCUCUUCCCGCUAGCAGCACCCUCGUUGCCGCUGCAGAUGUCAGGAUACCUGCCGAUCUCAUGCACUCCGGAGAGCAACAGCAGGAUGUAUGCCAUCAGCAGCAGAUGGGAAAAGAGUGCCUAAGCGGAUUAGAGUGUUUGCUGUGGGAUUUGGAGGGGUUGAUGGACUCCCUGCAGCCCUUUGAGCUCUCUGUUGACUCUAGCUGGUCAAUUGUGUGUCAACACAGAACUGGACUAAACUAUUUCGCACAUAACUGCGUCACAAUCAACGGAAGGAUGAACUGGUCCCUGCAGUACCACUCCAAUCUCACGUCACGGGAGAUAGCUGCGCUGUAUGCCGCUUAUAUUCUGGAGGUACUUCAGGAAGCACAUGAUCUGCAUGUUAAAGAAGAGGCACUGCAUCGAGCACGGCAAAUUGAUGGGACCUAA